AUGCGACAGCUAUCAACAACAGCACUCGUUCUCUUCCUGUUCUUCUAUUGCAGUAUCUCAACAGCGUGGAGCUUGCCAUACUUUGCAUAUCGCAAGCGUAUCCCGGAGCCGUUACUCAACAAGCCUCGCUCACGCCACGCGCGAAGCAUAGAGGACCUCGACGGACUCAAGGAGUGGUUGAGCAACCAGCAGCCGCUUAGAGGAGCAGUGAUGGCACCCCCAUCAGAGGAUAAUAAGCGGACAGUGACCGUGAAGGGCGGGGCCAAUAAUGAGCCCACUAUAUCUGACGUCCUGCCCAAGACCCGCGGUAUCAACAUCUACGCAUCACUCACCCGCCAGUUUGAAACCGUCGAAAGGCGGCUAAAGGACCAAACACAAAAUGUGACGGUUCUGGCACCUCGUAAUAGUGCUAUCCAAGAUCUUCCGCACAAGCCCUGGGAGAAUCCCGAUGAUUACGAGAAGUUCGGGGAAAUGAACGCGUAUGAGGGAGACAAGGGACAAGAUCGGGCGAAACGUAACCUGGAACGGUUUGUUUCUGCUCAUGUUGUGGCUCAGAGUCCUUGGAGGGAGGGAGAGGAGGCGGAAACACUUGGAGGAGAUAAGUUGACGUGGAGAAAAGACGGGGACAGAAUAUAUAUCGAGCCGGAAAGAAUCAGGGUAGAGAGCAUUGCAGAGCAGGUUUCUAACGGCGAGGUAUGGGUAAUCGAUGGGGUUAUCAAUUAAACAGACUGAUUACGGACUGAUUAUGACCUUCCUGGCGUCACAUAUCGGUAUCUAUCAACUGGGGCUUUGUUUCCCUUGUAUCAAUUUUAUUCAUCUUGUACCAAAUCGGCGAUCCGAUGUGGCUGCAUAAUUCUUAUCAUCUAUUACUGC